UCUUAAGCGGGAGCCCCAUCUCCUGUCUUUCCUCUCAUUCUCUCUCCUAUUUGCUGCGGCGAAUCGGCCAUGGCGGUUCCUCUGCUGAGCAAGAAGAUCAUAAAGAAGAGGGUCAAGAAGUUCAAGAGGCCACAGAGCGACCGCAAGAUCUCCGUCAAGCCAAGUUGGCGAAGGCCAAAGGGUAUUGAUUCACGUGUGAGAAGAAAAUUCAAAGGAUGCACUCUCAUGCCAAACAUCGGUUAUGGUUCUAACAAGAAAACAAGGCAUUAUCUUCCUAAUGGCUUUAAGAAAUUUGUCGUGCACAAUCCCAGUGAUCUGGACCUCUUAAUGAUGCAUAACAGGGUCUUCUGUGCCGAGAUUGCCCACAAUGUCUCUACAUUGAAGCGCAAAGCCAUUGUGGAGAGAGCUGCCCAACUUGAUGUUGUGGUGACCAACAAACUUGCAAGGUUGCGCAGCCAGGAAGACGAGUGAACCAGCAGUUUUUCCUCUCUUACUACCGGACUAUCUACAACUUGUCAUUUGAGCAUGAACACCUAAGUUUGUCAUUUAAACUUCUUUAAUUCAAGAAUAUGGUAGUGACUGUCGCAGAAAAUUCACAGUUAAAAAGUUUGGAAUGUCUUUGCGUGCCCGGCACAGCCUAAAUCGGUCUCCAAUAUGUUAUUUUCUUCCUUGCAUGUAAUCAUUGUUCGGUUGCUUGGUUUUUGUUCUUAGGCGUCGACAGAGCUUCCUUCAAAACUCUUUUGGUUUGAUGGUUGAUGGAGAAUAGUAUGUGUCAUUGUUUUCAA